AUGACAAAUUUACAAGCUAACAGCAAUGUUCACAGAUGGAUCCCAAAGUCUCAAAUUCCUUUGCUAGUGGUGGUGUCGCUCAUGGCUCUCAUAAACUCAGCUGUGCUCGGUUUUGAUGCUUCUAUGAUAGGUGGCAUACUCAAUUUGCCAAGUUACAAUGAGUACUUUGAAUUGACUACCGCUACAAUUGGUCUAAAUGGUGCUUCCAUGUGGAUGGGAGAAAUACUCUGCGUUUUGACGAUUAUGCAAUGGUCUACCGAUAAGCUUGGAAGAAAAAUCUCCAUAUUGAUAGGAACUGUGAUCACAAUAAUUGGCAUAGCUAUUCAAAGCGGAGCGCAAAACAUUGCCAUGUUUGUAGUGGGAAGAAUCAUCUUGGGUUUUGGAGCAGCUUUGGGCAACACCGCAGCACCCACUUUGAUCGCAGAGAUCUCUCCUGCAAAGUAUCGUGGUAUACUAGUUGGUGGCUAUUUUACUUGUUUUCAGGUUGGAGCUUUGGUGGCCAGUGGUGUCACGUAUGCUUCGAGAAACGCACUGGGUACAUGGUCAUGGAGAAUCCCGUCUAUUGUUCAAGGAGUUCCUUCGAUUGCGUCGCUAAUCUUGCUUUUUUUUUGUCCGGAAUCUCCACACUGGCUUAUAAUGAACAACAGAGAAGAAGAAGCUAUUGAGAUUCUUUGUAUUGUGGAAAACGUUGAUGCUGUUGGCGCAAAGGCGAUAGCGAGAAAAAUCGCAAUUCUCGGUCAGCAGCUGAUGAAUUCGAGUGCAAAUGUAUGGAAGACGCUUUUGGUUCGGAGAGAAAAUUGGUGCCGACUUUUCAUUCUUGUCACUCAAUCCUUUCUCAAUGAAUUUGGUGGGUCCAGUAUCAGCAAUUAUUACUCGUUGUUUUUGGAUCAGGCCGGAGUGACAGAUUAUACUCAAAAGCUUCAGGUGGGUAUAGUGAUGAGUGCAUGGUCUGUGGUGCUUGCCGCGUUCGGAGCCUAUGCUUUUGAUGUUAUUGGAAGAAAAAAGCUGGCUCUCAUUUCUCUCUGCGGAAUGAUCAUUUGCAACUUUGUCAUUGGAGGAAUGAUAAAAGCUUUUGAAGGCACCGAAAACCAUUCUGGAAGCUAUGCUACUAUAUUUUUCUUCUUCAUGUUCAACGGAUUUUAUGCCUUUACUUUCACCCCAUUGAGUUGUCUCUAUUCUGCUGAAUUAUUCCCUUACUCGACCAGAGUAGCGGGUCAGACAUUCUACAAAUUUUGGAACGAAGGAUUGGGUCUUGCUGCUCAAUUCGUGUCCCCAUUUGGGCUCGAUAACCUUGGUUGGAAGUUUUUUAUGGUAAUCGCAGGUUACAGCGUAAUCUUUGUCCCGAUAAUUUACUAUGUGUGGGUCGAAACCAAAGGAGUUCCCAUUGAAGAAGUGGAAAAGCUUUUCCAGAGACCCAAAGCUGUAGAUGCAGAAGCCAGUGACCCAGAGUCCGUAGCGGAGAUAGAGAAAGAACUGGUGGUAGUGGGCGGUAUAAGCGAGUGCAAGUAG